AUGUUCCGUAACGCCGUUGCCAGACCUCUUCUCCGCGCCAACCAGCGAUUGGUUGCUACCCGCUCGUUCUCCGUAGCCUCCGUCAGAAUGGGUGAGGGCGAUACUGGUGCUCCCCGUUCCGGUGGUUCUGCUGCAGGUGACUCCUUCACCAAGCGCGAAGCCGCCCAAGAGAACCUAUACGUCAAGGAGAAGGAGCUCCAAAAGCUCAGAGAACUCAAGGCCAAGCUCAAGGAGCAGCGCAAGCAUCUCGACGAACUCGAUAAGCACAUUGACCAACUCACCAAGGAACAAGGUGGCGAGCAGAACUAG